GGCCAUAGUUCAAGCUCAGAUAAAAAAGAGAAAGAACGUCAUACGCAUGCGCGUCUCAAGUCUACGUCAGCUCUUCUUCACUAACAAGCUGUGUGAAAGCUACGUGGCCCUCACUCGCUCCUCCGACUGACUUCUCUUCUGACACGACACAAACAGCCUAAGCACCAUGGACCAGGUAAUGCAGUUUGUUGAGCCCAGCCGGCAGUUCGUCAAAGACUCAAUCAGGCUAGUGAAGAGGUGCACAAAACCCGACAGAAAAGAAUUCCAGAAAAUUGCCAUGGCCACAGCGAUCGGGUUUGCCAUCAUGGGUUUCAUCGGUUUCUUCGUCAAACUCAUCCACAUCCCCAUCAACAACAUCAUUGUGGGUGGUUAAAUCUUUGUCAAGCAAAAACAAACUACAACAUCUGGGGACAGGAGAUGGUCAAGAGGACAAGCGUUAAUGGGCUGGUGUGAUUUGGGGACUGAAGGGAUGAAAUUUUUACAUUCUGUGCACAACAUUUCUAUUUCUGUGUAAAUAAAACAAAUGGAAACCCA